AUGGUGAAGCUUACUUUUAUCGCGGCAUUUGCCGCUCUCGCCACGGCCAAAAUCGCCCCCAGUGUCCACCGCCACUUGGAAUCCAAUGAGCACGUGGACGUUGUGAUUGAAUUCAAAGGAGGCAACCAGCGCGCCCUGGAAACCGCCCGUCUUAAGCGGUCUAGCUUUAAGGAUCGCGGCUCCAGCAUCGCCCAUGUGCGCUCCCUCUUGGAGAGCAACAUGAAGACGUCCCAGCGCGCGGCGGUGGAACUGCUGUCGUUGCAGCCCAAAUCCUUCACGACCCGCGUAGAGAGCUUCUACAUCAACGGCAACAUGCACGUGUACGGCGCCAACCGCCUCGUGUUGGACGAACUCGCCAAGUUGGACAACGUGGCUCACAUUCGACAACCUGUCACGGCGCAACUCAGUCCCGUCAGCUUCGACGACGACGACACUGAUGUGGGGAUUCCUCAAGGAUGGGCUGACAACAACUCAACCUCCACGCGCGCCGCAAACGAAUGGGGUGUCAACCUCAUCAGUGCCCCUGCGGUGUGGGCUAAUGGCAACCGUGGCGAAGGUGUGGUGGUGGGAAUUCUGGACACUGGCGCCAUCCACACCCACGACGUCUUGAAGGGCAACUGGCGAUCCACCUACGGCUGGUUCGACCCCACCGACAAGACCCCCACACCCAUCGACCGUAGCGGCCAUGGCACCCACGUCGCAGGUUCAGCUGUUGGCCAAAACGGCAUCGGCGUAGCUCCAGGUGCCACGUGGAUAGCUUGCCGCGGGUGCACCACCACCGCGUAUUGCUCUGAAGCGGCGCUGAUUGGAUGUGCGCAAUGGAUGUUGUGCCCGACGGAUGUGACCGGCAAAAACCCCAAGUGCGAGUUGGCGCCUGACGUCAUCAACAACAGCUGGGGUGGCAAGUUUAACUCCAACUGGUACCAAGCCGCCGUGAACGCGUGGCGCGCUGCUGACAUCAUCCCCGUGUUUUGCAACGGCAACUCUGGUCCUCAAUGCUCAACAACGUGGACUCCAGCUAAUUACCAGAAUGUCAUUGGAGUGGGUAACCUGGGGUUCGACGACAAGCUGUCGCCUUCAAGCAGUCGCGGGCCAACCGCAGACGGUCGAAUCAAGCCCGAUGUGUCGGCUCCUGGGACGCGAGUUCGUUCGGCAUGGCACACUGGCAAUUCGGCCUACCAAACCAUCUCGGGCACAUCCAUGGCGUCUCCUCAUGUCACUGGUGCCAUUGCCCUCUACUUGAAUGCGAACAAGGGCGCCAAGUACGAUCAAGUGUACAGAGCGUUCACGACCACUGUCGACACUGCCACAUUGACUCCAAAAAACGAGAACUGUGGGGGGGUGUCGGAUUCCAAGUACCCCAACAACAACUACGGGUUUGGACGCAUCAACGUCGCUAGCGCAAUUGGAGGUGGAAUCAACCCCCCAUCCUCCAGCACCUCUGCCCCAUCGCCGUCGAAGCCCAGCACGUCAGAUCCGUCGACCCCCGCCACCAGUACCCGCCGUCCGUUCCCUUCUUUUCCUAUGACGUCGUCCCCAUCGCCGUCGAAGCCCAGCACGUCAGAUCCGUCGACCCCUGCCACCACUACCAGCCAUCCGUUCCCUACUUCGCCUGUGACGCCUUCCCCACCAUCCGUGUGCAAUGACUGCACUGGUUGCUAUUCUCGUCUGAUCAAUUUAUGUUUACCGGAGUUCGGUCAAGCUGAAUGUACCGCGUUCACGGACUUUCAAGGGACCUGGUGCGGAAAACAGUAA